GGAGCGCAGCCGGAGCCCUCGUCCAUUAACGCCCACCGAUAACCGGGAAGCUUCUCCCGUAGCCGCACAGCUCUGCUGCUGCCACACGACACCGGCGAAGAUGGUCGCGGCGCAGACGUCCCCAAAUUUGUCUCCGUCGUCCGAGUGGAUCUGCUGCCUGGAUAAAAGGCCGUCGGAGCGCUCCGGAGAGGACGUGGAUAUAAUCCUGACCAGACUCAGAGAAGUGAAGGCCUUCCACAGAUUCCCACCUCCACUUCUACUGCAGAUCUGUGCCUGUGCCUUCUAUGAAUGCCUGGAUAAAGGAAUCACAUUGUUUCGACAAGGAGACAUAGGCACCAGCUGGUACGCUGUUCUUUCUGGGUCUCUGGAUGUGAAAGUGUCAGAAACUGCCAACCACCAGGAUGCAGUCACUAUCUGCACACUGGGAAUCGGCACAGCUUUCGGGGAGUCAAUUCUGGACAACACACCUCGGCAUGCCACAAUUGUCAGCAGAGAGACCAGUGAGCUGCUACGGAUUGAACAGAGAGAGUUCAAGAGCCUGUGGGAGAAGUAUCGUCAGAGCCUCGCUGGACUUUUGGCUCCUCCUUAUGGAGCGAUGGAGAGUGGGUCCAACAAUGACCGACUCACUGAAAAAGACAACUUGACUUUGGAUUCUGCCAACAAAACUCACAAUAAGAUUCCGUCAGAGAAACUCCAGAGAGCUGGCAAAGUCCUGCGUAAUGCCAUCUUGUCAAGAGCUCCACACAUGAUUCGUGACAGGAAGUACCACCUCAAAACAUACAGACAAUGCUGUGUUGGUACAGAGCUGGUGGAUUGGCUCGUGCUGCAGAGUGCUUGCGUUCUCACCCGGUCCCAUGCUGUUGGGAUGUGGCAGGCGCUGCUGGAGGAGGGCGGGCUGAACCAUGUUGACCAGGAGUUGGGCUUCCAGGACAAGUACCUCUUCUACCGUUUUCUUGACGAUGAAGAGGAAGACACACCGUUACCUAGCGAGGAAGAGAAGAGGGAGAGUGAAGAGGAGCUGCCUGAGACCAUCCUCUUCCUCGCUCAGAUUGGCCCAGACGCACUGCUUCGCAUGAUCCUCCGAAAAUCACCGGGUCAGAGGACGGGUGAUGACUUGGAGAUUAUCUAUGACGAGUUGCUUCACAUCAAGGCCUUAGCUCACCUCUCCAACACUGUCAAAAGGGAACUAGCGAGUGUGGUGAUCUUUGAGUCACAUGCGAAGGCUGGAACAGUCUUGUUUAACCAGGGAGAGGAAGGAACAUCAUGGUACAUUAUUCAGAAGGGGUCUGUCAAUGUUGUCAUCUAUGGAAAGGGAGUUGUCUGCACGCUGCAUGAGGGCGAUGACUUCGGCAAGCUGGCCUUGGUUACAGAUUCACCUCGUGCUGCCUCCAUCGUCCUGAGAGAGGACAACUGUCACUUCCUGCGUGUGGACAAGGAGGAUUUCAACAGGAUACUCAGGGAUGUCGAAGCCAACACAGUCCGUUUGAAAGAACACGAACAAGCUGUGCUGGUGCUGGAGAAAAGUCCUCGAGCCUCCAGUUUGGGAAGUAUCAAGUACACUGUGAUAUCUGGAACACCUGAGAAAAUAUUAGAGCACUUCCUGGAGACCAUGAGGAUGGAUAUACAUCACAGUGAACCAGACCCAGCAGUGGAUGAUUUCGUCCUCAUGCAUUGCGUCUUCAUGCCCAACAGCCAACUCUGCUCUCUGCUCAUGGCUCAUUACCACACCGCGCCGCCGCCGGGUUCUGAGCAGGAAAGGUUGGAAUACACCCUCAACAGCAAGAGGAGGGCGCUCAUCCUGGCGCUGCGCUGGGCCAACACACACACCUAUCUGCUCCAGGAAGACCCUGCUGCUAUCACUUUUCUUGAGGAGUUGUAUGGCAGCGUUUCAAAUGAUUCACGGAUGCUGCGGGCUCUGAAGGAUUUAGUGCCUGACCUGGAGAAAGUUGUCAAGCUUCACAGUUCGGAGGAAGUCAAGUCUUCCAAAAAGAAAACGCUGAUUCGGCAGUUCAGCAACGGCGAGGAAAGGCUUCAAAAGAAACAACCAAUCCGGAAUCAAGAUGACAUCCUGCUCAAGGUGUACUGCAGUGACCACACGUACACGACCAUCCGCGUCGCCGUGGCAGCCACAGGGCGAGAGGUCAUCAGCGCCGUUGCGGACAAGCUGGGUUCCACUGAUGAGCUGCUGUUGGUUCAUCUCAGCUCAUCUGCCGAAAAACAAAUCCUGAAGCUCAAUGACGUGUCGGUGUUCUCCACUCUGAGCAUCAAUGGACGGCUCUUUGUGAGUCCUCGAGAGCAGCUCAGCAGCCUGGCUCCUCUUCCAGACCAGGAGGGACCGUCUGCAGGCUCCAUGUCCACUUUUGAGCUGAUGAGCUCCAAAGAUCUGGCUUAUCAAAUGACCAUGUUUGACUGGGAGCUUUUCAGCUGUGUACACGAGGACGAGCUUCUUUUCCACACGUUUGGCCGGCAGAAUUUCAGGAAAACCACGGCCAAUUUGGAUCUGUUCCUGCGGAGGUUUAACCAGGUGCAGCUGUGGGUGGUCACCGAGGUGUGUCUCUGCACGCAGCUCAGCAAGAGGGUCCAGCUUCUGAAGAAGUUCAUCAAGAUCGCAGCACAUUGUCGAGAAUUCAGGAACCUCAAUUCCUUCUUUGCAAUCAUCAUGGGGAUGAGCAACCCUGCUGUUAGCCGUCUGAGCCAGACAUGGGAGAAACUUCCCACCAAGUUUAAGAAGUUCUACGCUGAGUUUGAGAGCAUGAUGGAUCCAUCCAGGAACCAUCGAUCCUACAGACUCACGGUUACAAAGCUCGAACCUCCUAUCAUCCCCUUUAUGCCUCUUCUCCUCAAAGAUAUGACGUUUACACACGAAGGAAACAAAACUUUCAUCGACAACAUGGUCAACUUUGAGAAAAUGCGUAUUAUUGCCAACACAAUUCGACAAGUGCGUCACUGCAGAAGCCAACCUUUCAAUCCAGACAUUUGCCAGCCCAAUAAGAACCAGGCCGAGGUGCGGGGCUACGUCAGGAAGCUCUGUGUCAUCGACAACCAGAGAGCCCUGACACAGCUCUCCUACAGGCUGGAACCUCGACGGACAUGAGCCACCAAGAUUUUCCACCGCCAUCGCCUUUUCCAUGACACGUAAACGCCGGACACGCUUAAAUCACUCCGUUUCAGUAGCAAAACAGACUGAAGAUGAUUCACUGUGCCAUUAAUCGCCUCCUCUACCUGGACGGGACACUCCGUGUUCUGUUGACCAACCAUGUCUCGUCUGAAUUCAAACUGUUCUUGCUGUUAUUAUCUGAUAGAGCUCUCUUGUAUAGAACGUGAUUCAGUGUUGCAUGACGGCGCCUCAUGUGGUUCUAUACAGUGGAAUUCUAUCUGAGUGUCCCGCAACGUUGUGAUGACCGCCUACAUGUUGCUUGUAAAGCAAACCUCCAGGGGGCAACAUAACCGCCCCUUACUGUAUGAAAGUGUCCCUCGCCGAUUAUACGGAUAAUAUGACGUAAUAUGAGUUUAGAACGAAUCCUAUUUGCUUCAUACGUGUAUCCAAGUCUUGAAGAAUCUUUAGGGUUGAUGUUCACUAGGUUAAUAUCGAUGUCCGUUACCCACAGUAAGCUGCUUAUCCGUGUUUGUUGGUUGAAUUGAAACUGGUGUUACAGACAGUGUUUCUAUUUGAAGUUUAUUUCUCUCUGCAGUAGCUCUUGAAAUUAUCAUUCAUUUUGGAUGCUGGCGAUGCUUGGUAGGAUCUGUUCUGAGGUCAGUUGUAUCAGCGGAUUUUUUUUUGUUUUUGUUUCCUGUUUUCGGCCGUGAUGACAGCAGUAAGCUGGUGCGCAGCAGUGCUUCGUGUCAAAUUCUUGUGCUUGGUCCAGAUUUUGUAUAAGUGGAUGUGAUUUAUUUGAUCUCAGGAGCUUUCAAUGUGUUGUCGAGGACCCGGCGGCUGUCAUCUGUGUGUGGUUCGCUUUUUAAAUAAAUACAUCAAAUGUGAUGUUCUGGUUUAUGACGUUUUUUUUUUUUUUUGAUGUGGUGGUUUCUUGUUUCUCAUGUGUCAGCUAGAUGUUGGUUUAUUAUAUUACCUCUUAUUCUUUGCAGGUGGAAACUGGUGUGGCCGUGGAAAAAUGCAUGCAAAUCAGCCAAGGAUGCAGACUUGCCCAGAAUACACCUGUACAGUCAGUUCUAUACUUCACGUUUGUCCCUGAAAGUUCUUUCGAUUUGGGGGACACCAGUUUCCAUUUGACUAUUUCUUUUAAAUUCUUGCUUUGCAAGCAUAACAUAGAUAUAAUCUUGAGGUUCAGUACAAAAUAGUUUGGCAGGUGUUUGGGGCCUAAAUUCAGCAGAAGCUGGAAUGAUCUGCACCUCUUUCUCUAUCUUGACCUGUCUGCACUGUCUUCUUCACCUUCACCUACUUCUUUGACAAUGAGGCUUAAAACUAACAACUUCAACUGAACUUUUCUAGCCCAUGUUUCGUUUAAGCAGGUAGACAAUGCAUUGUGAACGAGCCUGCCACCUGCUGGUGUGGGCAUGCCAUUGCCAGGACACCCUCACAUUCCUCCCCUUUUAGCCAUCUGUGAAAACUUUUCUUCUCCACGACUCAUCAUGUAUCUUUACUCAGGGCUGUCGACUGACUUAUCUGAUGUCAUCUACGCAACCUGACACACAUGGCUGUCUUCUUGCUGAUGUCAUGGGCCUUUCUGUUUGGCAUGACUAACACACUAUCUCUGACUUGGUUAUAUGUGUGAGCACUACUUAAGUAACUCUUGUUGCCCAGUGAUUUGUAGCCGCUGACAUGCUAUAGGCCAGAUUUGUAUUCCUGCGAGUGUGUGUGCGCAGUGCUUUAUAUAGCCACAGUUAUCCAGGAAGAAGGAAUGCCUUGCAUGCCACUGACCAUAUUUGAGCAGCGCGUCUGCUCACACACUCACCUCCCUUCAUCUGUCCUGCAGUUCCACAGGUUCACCGCUACCCGGCAAUAUAACACCUUGUGGUUGUGGUGACAGCUGGGCUUUGCCUUCAGCUUGACUUUUACUGACUCACCACUGCCCCCCCUCUCCCUCUUCUUCCAGCACUUUCUGGUUCCUUCUCAUGACAAUUUGCUCUGCUGACUGACAACAUCCACUGUGACCCCGGAGAGGGAAACCACCGAGCUGCUCCUUCACUCAUUCACUGGACUAAUGCGGGAUUGUACUUUUUGACGGAUUUCACGACUGGAUCGAGAGAGAUUUCGAGUGUGUCGGGGUGAUUGUGUGUGUGUGUGUGUGAGUGUGUGUGCAUGUGUUUUGUCAGUAUGC